AUGCCGAGGGUGAGGAAGCGCACGUCGCAGGAGAGCUCCGAUGCAGCGACUAGCCCGGGGCUGUUGACGCCCUCACCGUGGGGUCUUCCGAGUCCGAGUGCGAGUGCCAAAGAUAGCGCGUUUCGACCCGUGAAAUGUCCGAGUCGGGCGCCCAUCUUGCACCGCCGGCUGUCGUGGGUCUCUGUUACUAUUUUGUUUUUGGCGCUGUACGCGACGGUCUUUUCGGGCGUUUAUCUUGUCAUUGGGUUGUUGAAGCCGAGGUGGGAGAGCCGAAUUGGCGAUGGGGGGUUGGCACCGUCAACGGCGAAUCUACUGAGUGCGCUGUUCGCCAAGACGAUUGAACUGUCGUAUGUCACUGUCUGUGUGGCCUUUCUGGGCCAGGUGCUCAGUCGGCGCGCGUUGAUGCAGGGCUCGCGCGGGAUUAGCCUGUCGGAUAUGAGUAUGCGGACGUGGAUCAUGCAGCCGGGAUCGCUGAUUAUCCACUGGGAGAAUGUCAAGUAUUCCGGGUUGUCGUUUCUCGGGAUGAUUACCUUGACGGCAACGCUGGUGGCCAUGUUGUAUACCACCGCAGCCGAAGCUUUAGUCUCGCCAAAGCUGUUAAUGGGACCGGUGAAAUUGACCACGCUGCAAGGCAGUGUGGCUGCCAGCUUUGCGAAUACGUUGUAUCUGGACUCGCACUGUGACACGCCGGUCACUGUUGCGAUGGACCCGGUCAAUCGCAACAUCACCUGUCUGGAGAUGGAGCAUGUCGGCCACGCCUAUCACAACUACCAGCAGUGGAUUACCGAAUGGAGUGGCUUGGUUAACCAGGGCAAUGGGACGUCGACAGAGCAGGCUGCGCGCCCGAGACCAACGGGGUCCAUCUACGAUAAUACCACCGUCACCGGCAGCUGGAUCGACAUUGCCGAUAUGACAGCGCUCUCAUCGCAACACGGUCGACUGGUCAACAAUGUCACCAUGGCCAUGCCACACGGCGGGAUUUUAUCCGCAGCCAAAGACCCCAUCAACCGCAUCCGACAGCCCCAUGAAGCAUCCGGUCAAGGCAAAUACAGCCUCGAAGCAUCGGUCCCCUCGCCCGCCGUGAAUGUGCUCUGCGUGGGCAUGACCAAGGACGAACUCUCGCCGUUGAUCUACACCGAGUGGCCCAAUACCUCGUACCCGUUCAGCCCGACCAACUGGAGUGUUACACCCCCGCCGGAUAUCCCGCGGUAUCCGUCGUGGCUGAACCAGACUGUCGUCGACGAUCUGUUCGGCUUUGGCGAGAAGUAUGGUCAACGACCGCCGGUGUUUGGCAAGUAUCCGAAGCCGUACAACAGCAUCACCAAUACGACGGGGUUGUGGCCCACCGAUGCCAUCUACCUGCUCGGGGCGUCGCCGGAUUUCAUCACCGACCCGCCGUAUGUGCUGUGUUCGCUCAAGGCGAAGCAGACGGGCGUCUGUUCGACGCGCUACGAAGCAGCCUCCAGCGGGGCCUCAUUCUACAGCCACUGCGAAGACGCCGCCAACGACCUCCAAUACAGCCGAACGAACAAGGAGGUCACCGAAGGCAUGUGGGAGCCCGACUGGAAGAAUGUCGCCUCGGGCUGGGCCAACGCCCUCAGUCUAGGUUCUGGAAUCGCCGACGGCCAAGCCAGCAACGACCGGCUCCUGAUGCAAUUCGUCCCCGGCUUUGACAACACCAGCCAUACUUUCGCGCUGAACCGCACCCUCCCUUCCAUCAGCGAAGCUCUCGCCGUGAUGGCCGGGAGCACCCUCAUCCUCAGCUCUCAGCAUAGCCCCCUCGUCCACUUCUGGAACUACACCGAGCAUAUCCUCUCUCCGCCCACGCGGCAAUCCUUCUCUGCCUCCGUCCAGGCCGUGGGGUAUGCUUCGGGGGGCGCCGAGAAAUGGCAGGGUGUCUUUUACGUCAUCCUCGUCUUUGCCUUUGUCACCAGCGCCAUCUGUUUCGUCUUUCUGAUGCUCGAAGUCCGCGGCAAGCAAGUGACGGAUUUCACGGAGCCGCCGAAUCUCUUCGCACUCGCCAUGAACAGUCCUUGUUCAGCACGGUUGCAGGGCGCGUGCGGCGGAGGACCGGAAGGAAGACAGUUGAAGGAAAAGUGGUUUGUGGGGAUGGAAGAGGAAGACGAGCAUUAUUACAUGAAGGCCAAAGCGGAGGAGAGCCAGCCGGAUGUGUAUCAUCGGAGGGAGCGCGAGUCAAUGGAGAUGGAGGAUAUUCAGCUGAAGCCGGUGAGUCCAGCCGUCGAUGACUUUCGGCGAGUGUCACAGGGGAACAGUUUCUUUUCCAAGCUAUAUUGA